AUGGAUCAUCAGCGCCAUCACCCUUGGUUUCUCCUUCUUUCCCUGCUCUGCCUCUCAACGGCCGCCGCCGCCGCCACAAACUUCACCUACUCUUCCUUCUCCGCCAACGAUCCAAACAUCACUGUCCUGAACGCCACUACCAAAGGCCAAAACCUGGGCCACCCUUCCAUUCUCCUCACCAGCUCCCAAAUCUUCGGCAGCGUCUUCAACUCCUCCGGCCGCGCCUUGUACUCCUUUCCAGUUCAACUCUACGACCCGUCCAACAAUCUCACCACCAACUUCACCACUUACUUCGAAUUCCAAAUCUUCUUCCCCAAUCAAGACAAUUCCAACGCCACUUCCGGCGGCGGCUUGGCCUUCUUCCUGACUUCCGAGGACAGAUCAUCGGUCGUCCCCGCGGGCUCCGCCGGCGGUAUGUUGGGCUUGUUCAAUCAGACUGACGAGGGCGACGAUUCCAACCAGAUCGUGGCCGUGGAGUUCGAUACUUUCAGGGACAGAUGGGAUCCUAGCAACAAUCAUGUUGGAAUUAAUGUGAAUUCGGCUGUCUCAGUGGCGAAUCGGACUUGGAAUAACACGUUGGUGAGCAAUGACAUACUGGGUGCUAGAAUUUCUUACGACGGCGCUUCGAAUAUGCUCAGCGUGUUCCUUAAGGAUCCGGAUAUCCCCAACGAUUUCGGAUCGUUAAGCUUCAAUCACUCGGUGAAUUUGAGAGAAGUCCUCCCCGAGAGAGUGAUUAUAGGCUUCUCUGCUUCCACAGGAAGUGCUGUUGCAAUCCAGAGUAUCAGGAGCUGGAAUUUCACUUCAACUCUGGCGGCUAUCGCUACCGACGGAGGAGGCGGCGGCGGAGACGGCGGUGGUGACGGCGGGUUUCAGAUGUGGAUGAUUGGUCUGAUUGUAGGGCUGCUGCUGGGUGCUGGGGCUGCCGUUGGCGCGGUUAAGUGGAGAAACGACGAGAGGAAGAAAUUGAAGAAACAGAGUCAGCAUUCUGAGGAAGAGAUGGAAACGGAGGAUGAAGAGGAGUCGAUGGAUGAGGAUAUGGGUUGGGGAUCAACAGGGCCCAAGAAGAUGAGCUACAAGAAACUGGCUGCGGCAACCAACAACUUCUCGGAGGAAGGGAAGCUGGGGCAAGGCGGGUUCGGAGGGGUGUACAAGGGCUACUUGGAGGAGCUGAACGCACAAGUGGCAGUGAAGAAGGUGUCAAGCGGGUCGAAGCAGGGGAAGAAAGAGUACAUCUCCGAGGUGAUGACCAUAAGCCGCUUGCGGCACAGGAAUUUGGUUCAGCUCGUGGGCUGGAGCCACCAGAAGGGAAGUUUCGUCCUGGUGUACGAGUUUAUGCACAAUGGGAGCCUGGACGCCCAUCUCUUCCGUAAGAAUAACAACAAGGACAAGGUUCCCCUGCCAUGGGCUGUUCGGUUCAAAAUAGCGCAGGGUCUGGCCUCUGCUUUGCUCUACCUCCACGAGGAAUGGGAGCAAUGUGUGGUUCACAGGGACAUCAAGUCGAGUAACGUGAUGCUGGAUUCCAAGUUCGAUGCCAAGCUUGGCGAUUUCGGGCUAGCCAAGCUUAUUGAUCACAACCUCGGGUCUCAAACCACAGUCGUCGCUGGGACCAUGGGGUACAUGGCUCCCGAGUACCUCAUGACGAGCAAGGCGAGCAAAGAAUCCGAUGUCUACAGCUUUGGAGUGGUGGCAUUGGAGAUUGCUUGCGGGAGGAAAGCUGUGGAGCACAGGGAGGAAGAGUCGAAGGUGGUUUUGGUGAAUUGGGUUUGGGAGCUUUAUGGACAAGGAAGGGUUCUUGAAGCUGCAGAUGAGGCUCUUUCGGGCGAGUUGGACAAGGAUGAGAUGACAUGUUUACUGACUGUGGGAUUAUGGUGUGCUCACCCUGACCAUGAUCUAAGACCUUCAAUAAGGCAGGCCAUCCAAGUUCUCAACUUUGAGUCCUUGUUACCCACGCUUCCAUCUCACAUGCCCGUGCCUUCUUUCUAUGCUCCACGACCUGCAAACUCCAUCUCAUUGUCCUCCUACACAUUAUCCACUCAAGUUACAGGAGACAUGUCCCCACGUUCAACAAGCUCCACCCAGAAUUUGAUUUCUGAUGACAAUGAUUCCUAUACCCUCAGAUCAACUAGCUCAUGA